AAUUUAUGGGUGCUAUAUGUUCUUGUAGAUGUUGUGGAUGCUCAAAGGCCAAGCCGAUUCCCCCUUAGUAAAAAGUUGAACAGCAACCACCUAAAUUGAUUAUUGUACCUAAACCAGAACCUAAACCAGAACCAAAACCAGAACCAAAACCAGAACCAAAACCAGAAACAAUAGUUGUGAUGCCAGAAACUAAAGUUGAAGUAGCGGAUUAUUCACCACCUGAAGUCAAACCAACAGAGGAUUAAGUUAGCAAUUAAUAAACAGAUCAGGACGAAUAAGAGUUUGAUAAAGCAUUAAAGGCCAUUUAGGAUAGCAGCAUAGAUUUUAAGGAAAAUAAGAACGAAAUAGAAAACCAAUUAAAUGCUAAGUUUAAACAAGAUUAAAAUUUAUUAAGAGACAGUUCAGAAAAUCCAGAUUUUUAUGGACCUGAUGUAGCAAACAGAAAUAUUUGUGAUAUCAAAAACAAAUAUGAUUUCUCCAAAAUAAAUGAAUUUUAAGAAUAUUAAGGAAAUAUCACUAUAUUGAGAUUAAUCUAAAAAUAAAAAUCUGCAAUUUGCACUUAUCUUGGCAAAAUAGAAGACAAAUAUUGUUGUGUAAAACUAUUGCCAAUGGCAAAGAAAGAGGAUAUUCAAAAGUGGAUUGAAAGAGUUAAAUAAGUUUAGAAAAAACCUGAUGAUGUGAUGAUAGAAACCUUCGGUUAAAAAUAUCACUAUUACAAGAUAGAAGAUGUAAAGAACGUACAAGAAUAUUGCAACUGUUAUAUUAUUAGUAACUUAGAAUAAUAUAAUGCUUAUACUUUUAGGUAUUUAUUAAUUAUAAUAUCUAGCCAUCAUUUAUCAAUAACAUUAUUAGACAAAGUAAAUUUGGCUUACUAAGCAAUCCAGGUUAUUUCGCUAGCACUAAAAGCUAAAAUAUAAGAUGAUAAAUAAACUGUAAAUCAAAAGCUGUCUGUAUAGAUAUCUAAGAAAUUGUGCACAGUGAAAAGAAAUAAUAUAUUGAUUUCUAAAUAAAAAGAUUACAAUGGAGAAUUUAAAUUACUCUUAUCUGAUUGGUAAUUGUUACUUGAUGAAUUUGAAACUAUUAUUCCAAAUCAGAAACUUCAAAAUGAAGAUAAGAAUUAUGAAAAAUAUGUUUGUUUACUUCAAAGUGUAUCUGGUAAUCUUAAGAACGCAGCUAAAUCAUAAGAGGAUUAAGUAUUCAAGAAAGAUAUGUUAGAAUUGGAUGAGUUUACAAAAAGAGUUUUGUUUUUAAUAUUUUUUAGGGUCAAUUAUGAGUAAUAUUAUUUAAUAACUUAUUAGUAUAUUGAAUGAUGAUGUUGAAUUAAUUGGAUUUAUAAACUAAAAUAAACUGAAAAAGAUUAAAGAAAAUAUAGAAAAAAUUUAAAGUAGGGCAAAAGAUGAACACCAAUAAUUAAAAAAUGAAAUAAAAUUACGUUAUACUUAGUCUGAUAAUUAAGAUUAAAAAGAUAAAUUAGAGAAGAAAGUGGACAAAAUAAAUAAUGGCUAAAAAAGUUAGCUUCCUCAACUCAUAUGUUAAGAAUUUGGGUUUAAUAACUCAGAUGAUAAUAAUUUACUAUAUAAAAUUUACAUAUUGUUAGAAGUUUUAAGUACUGAAGCGAUGCGAACACCACUUAAAGAAAUACUAGAAUAGAGUCAAUUGAGAUGA